UCCCGAGUAAAUCUUACGAGAAUUCUUGUCAAGAUGCCGGUGGUAAAUCUUACCAAGAUUCUUGCCAAUAUUCCCGUAGUAAAUGAUCCCAAGAUUCUUGAAAAGACUCUCGUAAAUCUUACGAGAAUUCUCGCCAAGAUUCCUGUAGCAAAUCUUACCAAGAUUUUUGUUAGGACUGCCGUAGUUAUUCUUAUUAACAUUCUUGGCAAGAUUCUCGAAGUAAAUCUUACCAAGAUUCCCGUAGUAAAUCUUACCAAGGUCCUUGCCAAGAUUCUGGCAAGGCAAGAUUCUCGUAGUAAAUCUUGCCAAGAUUCUCGUAGUAAAUCAUACCAAGAUUCUUGCCAAGAUUCCCGUAGUACAUCUUACCAAGAUUCUUGCCAAGAUUCCCGUAGUAAAUCUCAUCAAGAUUCUUUGCAAGAUUCCCCUAAUAAUUCUUACCAAGAUUCUCGUAAAAAAUAUUACCAAGAUUCUUGCGAAUAUUUUCGAAGUACAUCUUAAGAAGAUUCUUGCCAAGAUUCUCGUUGUAAAUCUUGCUAAGAUUCUUGUAGUAAAUCUUACCAUGAUUCUCGUAGUAAAUCUUGCCAAGAAUCUUGCCAAGAUUCUCGUAGUAAAUCUUACCAAGAUUCUUGCCAAGAUUCCCGCAGUAAAUCUU